AUGGGUCGCAGCAUGUUGGAAUGGGCAGCUCUGAGAGAAUCCCUGGGGUCGAAAAUGCCAGAAUUGAAAUUGACCAUCAAAUCAAGCAGGAGUCUGGACGACGCUCUGACACAACUUUCCCAGCAGGGCGAGAGCAUCGUGGCUUUGAUGAAGUCUGUGGUACAGCUGGAUGGCCAUUUGGAUGCUCAGAAGUACACCAUUGGAAUCUCUGCCUGUGGAAGAGCCAAGCUCUGGCAAGAGGCCUACAGCCUCUACGAGGACAUGCCCAAGGUUAAAGUCGAUCCCAACAUCAUCAAUCUCAACGCUUUGCUUAGUGCCUAUGAAAAAGCGAAUCAGUGGCACCUGGCUUUGCACUUCUUCGAAGUUAUGGCCGCCACCGGUCUGCGUGCACCGAAUCGGGUGAGUUUCAACAGCAUGACCACUGCACUCUCCAAGGACGACGAGGACGACGAGGACGACAAGGACGACAAGGAUGACAAGGAGGACGAGGAGGACGAGGAGGAGGAGGAGGAGGACGAGGCAGGCGCAGCGCUGGCAGCACGCACUGCAGACCUUUGCGGCGAUGCCCAUGGAAUCCAUCGAGCCCAAUGUGAUCAGAUGCCCCAGGAGGCCGCAGGAUUGACUCAGGUUUCAGUGCCGCAACGACUUGUUGCCUCCAGAAUUCUCAGUGGCCCAAGGUGCGGCCGUGCCCUGCAGAUCGUAGAGCGUUCCGUUCACCGGGUUGUGCCAUGGACCGUCAUGGAUCUUGCUGACGUUGACGCUGGAGGUAGCUCUCUGCUGUGGUCAUGGUGGGCUUUGAUCCUGUGCAUGUGCGCCACUUGGUCCUCUGUCCGCGAUGGGACUGGUAUGGUGUUUACUGGCCUCUUGGAUGGAGUUCCUGAUGAGCUCACUCUGUUGGAUGUUGUCCUGGUGCAGCAAUUCUCUAUUCCGUUGCUGAAGGUGGAUGAUGGUACUAAGGUGUUGUUUCACUCACUGCAUACCUGGGAGGACUUCUUCAAACUGGUCGAUGCUUGCUGCGGGUUGGAUGGUCCUACACAUGGGGCUCAUGCCGUUGGUGUGCAAACCAUGGUUGCUGUUGACUCUAGUGCCCGUAUGGUGACCUUUCACAAGGUUCAUGGAGGAUGUGAGUAUGUGAUCGGGGAUGCUGGCUGUCCCCAGGUGAUCGCUGGAGUGUGGUCCAAGUGUAAUCAUGCUGCGGUGAUGAGUGCGGGAUUUUCAUGUCAGCCGUUUUCCCAGUUGGGUGAUCGGAAAGGAGGGGCAGACUCUUGUGCUAUGUUUGUCGACUGGUCUGGAGUUGUGAAGGAGAACAUCAACCCUGAGCUCUCUGCUAUUGGUUUCUUUGACGCCAUGGUUAGCGUUGACGUCUUGCCGAACGUCAUCAGCUUCAAUGCAGCCAUUGGAGCAGCCCAGUGGCCGGCCGCGCUGAGGAUCUUGGAGGACAUUGAGGAGGCGGCGUUGCAGCCAACCAUGGUGAGCUACUGCUCUGUUCUCAGUACCUUUGAAAAGUCCGGGAAGUGGCAGCUGGCAUUGGUUCUCUUUGAUUCCUUGCCAAAAUCGAAGCUUCGACCAACAGUGAUAAGUUUCAAUGCAGUGUUGAGUGCUUGUGAAAAGGCCAACCAAUGGCAGGUGGCUUUGAUUCUGUUCUCCCAGAUGGAAGAGGUGUCGGUGUCUCCGGACAUCAUCAGUUUCAAUGCCCUGAUCAGCAGCUGCAAGGGCAGGCAGUGGCAGCGCGCCUUGAAGAUGUUUAAUGCAAUGUCUGAAGCUGAUCUUCAGCCAGACAUUGUGAGUUUCGGCGCUGCGAUUAGUGCUUGUGAAAAAGCACGAGAAUGGCAGAAAGCUAUCCGUAUCUUUCAUGGCAUCCGGGAGUCGGAACUGCAGCCUGAUUUGAUUAGCCUCAAUGCAGUCAUCAGUUCCUGCGAGAAGGAUGGCCAAUGGGAGCAGGCUCUGUGGCUCUUCAACACAUCGACCAGCCCGGAUUUCAUCAGCUACAGUGCAGCCAUGAGCGCCCUCGAGAAAGGCAAUCAGUGGCAACUGGCGCUUGUCUUCUUCGAUGACAUGACGAGUGUCGCGAAACUGCGGCCAGAUGUCAUCAAUUUCAAUGCAGCCAUUAGCGCCUGCGAGAAGCAGGGCCGUUGGCAGGAGGCCCUCAGCUUGUUCUCUGCCACACCUUGGCCUUCCUUGGUGACUUGGAACGCGGUACUGAGCAGCUGCGAAAAGGCGGGCCAGUGGCGUCAGGCGUUGCACCUGCUGGAGCUGAUGCUGCGAAGCACGGUGCAAGCGGAUGAUAUCACCUUCGCAGCCGUCAUCAGUUCCUGUGAGAAGGGACAGUACGUGGAAGCGAAACGAACAUCGCUGAAAAAA